AAUGGAACAGCCCCGACAGCGGGAAGCUCAUUAUCCACGACUAGUUCUCCAUCUGCGUCGGCAAGUACCUCAGCGACCUCAACCUCAAGCUACGAAUCAGCUUUCACUGGUAUCUCAGUGGUUGUUGCGCAGAACGCGACUUCGUGCUACGCCCUUCCUACCCCGACAGCAUCACUGCACGAGUCACUCCUGAAUGUCACCGACCGUACUCCCCCAUAUAUCGACGCAUUCUACCUCAAUGAGACUACGCACUCCGUCCAGUACCUCCGUCUCGUAGACAAUGCCACCAACCCAGUUCUCGUCGACGUCUCCGAUCCAUCAAGACUUGGAAUCGUUGACAAAGCCGGUAACGUGCUUUCCAUCGACAGCGACGGUUUACACUUUGCCUCCGCAAAUUGCUCGCCCAAGAUUGACGUCUUUAUCUCUGGUUUCUUCCAGCAGCUCAACGCUUUGACGAAUUCCACCUGUACAAACACUACUGAUAUCCCAGUCAACGGCACAGAUCCGCGUCGUCUUCCAGUAUUCAAAGGGACGUUGGCCGAGAUGGCACAGGACGCAUUCGACAUCACUCUCCAUCUCAAAGACCAGUGCGGAAAUCCUGCUCGUGCCGAUCUUCCGGUAUCAGUCGCGCUAGGUGAUACUCAAUGCAUCGUCCUCCCAGGUGCUACAGGAGACUUCGUCGCGAAUUGCGCAUUUCCGGGAAGCGGGAGUAAUUCCAUGGAGUGUGAGACGUCAGUUCAACAGACCCUGGAUCAUUUGACGCAGGGUUCUCUGGUUGGUAGUUGUCCACCCCUCACGUCGGUGUGGAGUCUGCUUUUCCAGCAACUCGUCAGCGUCGUCAACGUCGACCAGCUUCUCCAGCCCUUCAUUGAUGCCGGACUGCAACUUGGCUCUGAUGCGGGUCGCGGAAUUCUGUCUGUCAUUGACAGCUUUAUAAAUCUCUAUGACUUUUCGGCCGCAACGUUCAAGAACUCAACUUCGGGCUCUGGAUCGGGUCUAGGUGAUAUCGUUGAGGGCUACGGUGUCACAACUAUCAAAUCUGAAGUUUGCCAUUCCCUCAUCUCGACUGAGACGUUGAACCUCACUUUCACGGCCGGAACCUCCACAACACCCAUCUCUCUCGCAAACAUAACGGCCCUACCCUCAACAGGCUCAGAGUACGAGCGCAAUGUCACGGACCCGACAGCACUUGCAUGCUGCCCGAAUGCAAACGCGUGCAUCGUUCAAGAUGGGGAACGGUUUUACCCGCCCGAAGCCUCCAUUCCUGACUCUGACUGUCUCUGCGGCAAGACUCUGGAGGGCGGGGGUAUUGGGUUCCGGACGGGUAGAUGCGUUGGGUAUGAUCAGUGUAACUCGACAUCUCCCUGUACUGGAGGUGGUGUGUGUUUGGUUGACAACUGUUGUGGCUUUAAUGUCUGUGUGAAUGGGACGGAGUGUUCUACUCCAAAGGCUGCUGGAAUGCGGGUGAAUCUGUUUGGGGCAAAGACUUCUGGAGGGCUUUUCUGA